AUGAAAAAAAAAAAAUUCUAUAAAUACCGAACUCAAAAUUCAAGGGGGGGGGGCAAACUCCCAAAACACAAGACCCUUUCCCUUUCUUCCUUUUCUUCUUCUUCUUCUUCUUUUCCUUUUUAUUAUUAUCUUUUACUAAUUAUCAAUUAUAACAAUUACACAACAAUAAUGCCAAUUACUGAUCCAAGAAUUUCUCGUCAUAUAUUGACUGAUGAAGAUGAAUCUGAUGAAGAUGAAUAUUAUAAACAAUUGCGAAUGGUGGGAAAUCAAGAUUAUCAACCAACUAUAACCAUUGAAUUGAAUGAUAAUAAUAUGGUUACUAGUACUAAUGCUAAUGCUAGUGGUACUGCCAAUAAGAUUAAAUCAAUAAUUAUACUUCCACCAAAUCUUUCAAUAAUACAAACUGAAUUAAUUAAAUUAGGACUUGUUAAAUCAAUUGGAUCAAUUAGUAUUGAAUUUCCUGAUUUAUAUCUUCAUGAUUCUUCAAAUAAUAUUACUACUAAUAGAAGAAUUAGAAAAGAACGAGAAAUUCAAGCUGAAAUUGUACAUGGGAAUGGCAAUACAAAUGAUAAUAAUCAUAAUACUGAUAUGGAUUAUAAUUAUGGUGAUCAAUUGUAUCGGACGGUUAAUAAACGAGAAAAUUUAAAUAAUAGAUUUUAUCCUGAAUUAACCAUUCCUAUUAUGUAUAGCAACAAUGAGGAUGAGGAUGGGGAUGUCGAUAUCGACGAGGAUUCCAAUUCCAAUUCCAAUGGGGUGGCAAUUAUAACUUUCCCAAGAUUUAUGAAUACAAAACUUUAUAAUUUAUUAUCAAGAAAAAUUUCCAUCACAUUAAAUGAAUGGAUUAAUAAUUUAAAUUGGAUUGUUUUAACUCCUUGUCAACUAAAUAAUAAUAGUGAAACCAUCAAUAAAUUAAUCAUCAAUAAAAUCAAUCCAACAAACACCCAUGGUUUUUCCAUUUUAGAUCAAAUUCCUGAUUUGGCUCCACCUCAUAGUUUUAGUGGAAUUACGGCAUCAAUUACAUCUCAAUUAGAUUUAUUUAAUAAUAUUAAUAUCAUUAUAUUAUUUUUGAAUUGUGAAGGUUCACCAGGUUAUGAAAUUUUUGAUAAUGAAACAAUUAUUAAUAUUUGUUAUAUAUUAAUUCAAUUUUUAAAUUUGAAAAAUCAUGAUGGUGAUAAUUAUGGUGAUAAAUUUUUAAAUAAUAUAUCUAAUGCAAUUAGAAAUGUUAAUCGUCCUUCAAAUUCAGGAAUGUAUAUUUGA